AUGUCAGAAUAUCUAUCUAUCUAUCUAUCUAUCUAUCUAUCUAUCUAUCUAUCUAUCUAUCUAUCUAUCUGCAUUUGUUUCUUCCUAUCGUCACCGGUUUUUCUCCAUUUAUAUAUCUAUAUAUAUCCAUAUUGUUUCAAUUUCUCUCUCCCCUCUCUCUCUCUCUCUCUCUCUCUAUAUAUAUAUAUAUAUAUAUAUAUAUCAAUCUCGUUUCUAUCUAUCUAUCUAUCUAUCUAUCUAUCUAUCUAUCUAUCUAUCUAUCUAUCUAUUCUCAUCUGUUUCUUCCUAUCCUCACCUGUUUCUCUCUCUCUUUCUCUCUCUCUCUCUCUCUCCUCAACUAUUUUUCUUAUCGUCACCUAUUUCUCUCUCUGUCUCUCUCUCUCUCUCUAUCUAUCCUCACCUGUUCCUUCCUAUUGUCACCUGUUUCUUUUUUUUUUCUCUCUAUCUAUCUAUCUAUCUAUCUAUCUAUCUAUCUAUCUAUCUAUCUAUCUAUCUAUCUAUCCUCAUCUGUUUCUUCCUGACAUCAACAGUUUCUCUCUCUCUUUCUCUAUCUAUUUCUCUCUAUAUAUAUAUCAACCGUUUCUAUCUCUCGCUAUAAAAUAUAUAUCAUCAUCGUUUCUAUCUAUCUAUCUAUCUAUCUAUCUAUCUAUCUAUCUAUCUAUCCUCAUCUUUUUUUCCUAUCGUCACUUAUUUCUCUCUCUCUCUCUCUCUCUAUCUAUCUAUCUAUCUAUCUACCUAUUUCUCUCUCUAUAUAUAUAUCUACCGUUUCUAUCUCUCGCUAUAAAAUUUAUAUCACCAUCGUUUCUAUCUAUCUAUCUAUCUAUCUAUCUAUCUAUCUAUCUAUCUAUCUAUCUAUCUCACACUUUUUCGUUAUUUCUUUCUUUCUUUCUUUAUGUAUUUCUAUUUAACCGAUUUUAG